AUGAACCGCGGCGGAGGUCCCCAGAACAUUUUCCGGACGCUCGAGCGGCUGCGUCAGCAGGCCCAGAACGCUUCCAGCCAGUUCCAGCAGCAGGCAAAGGCUGGCGGUGGCGGCGGCGGCGGCGGCUCCUCAUCGGGAGGUGGCGGUGGCGGACCGCCCAACCUCGGCAGCAUCCUCGGCGGCUCGGCGGGCAUCGUCGCCCUGGUCGCGUUGGGCCUCGGCGUCAACUCGUCGCUCUUCAAUGUCGACGGUGGUCAUCGCGCCAUCAAGUACUCGCGCAUCCACGGUGUCAAGAGCACCAUCUACAACGAAGGAACCCACUUUAUGCUCCCUUGGUUCGAGACGCCCAUCGACUACGAUGUCAGGGCCAAGCCGAGGAGCAUCGCUUCCCUCACCGGCACCAAGGACCUGCAGAUGGUCUCGCUCACCUGCCGUGUGCUCUCAAGACCCGAUGUCAACUCGCUGCCCGUCAUCUACCGCGAGCUGGGCACCGACUACGACGAGCGCGUGCUGCCGUCGAUUGUCAACGAGGUGCUCAAGUCGGUGGUGGCGCAGUUCAACGCAUCGCAGCUCAUCACGCAGCGAGAGAUGGUCUCGCGGCUGGUGCGCGACAACCUGACGCAGCGCGCGCGCCGCUUCAACCUGGUCCUCGACGACGUGUCCAUCACCCACGUUUCCUUCUCGCCCGAGUUCACCCACGCCGUCGAGGCCAAGCAGAUCGCGCAGCAGGCGGCGCUGCGGGCCGCCUUCCUCGUCGACCAGGCGAUCCAGGAAAAGGCCAGCAUCAUUGUCAAGGCUCAGGGAGAGGCCAAGAGCGCAGAGCUCAUCGGAGAGGCCAUCAAGAAGAACAAGGGCUUCCUCAAGCUCCGAAAGCUCGAGGCCGCACGCGACAUUGCCACCAUCCUCAGCAACAGCGGCAACAAGAUCAUGCUCGACGCCCAGAGCCUGCUCCUCAAUGUCGCCGACGAGGAUCCGGAUGCGCUGCAGAACCGCAAGCAAUAA